AUGAAGGGCCUUAAAAAGGCCAUGGGCCGGAAUAACAGUGGCGGUAACAACAGCUCCAGCGCUCCUGCACCGCCCUCCAAAGACCAAAGCUCUCGGAGCUUUCUAUCUGGGGGACUUCGCACCCAGAUGCCCUCGUCAGGUAUGCCCACAUGUUCAUUUACCUUAGCAUCGGCUCCCAACAGUACUGUUACGCGUUUGUCGUCAUCGUCAUCUUCUCCCAGCAUGUCAGGGAGUACCAGUGGGAAGGCAGGUGCCGUAAAGCAAACAAAGGUUUCGGCAGCACCCCAAACGCCGCCCCCACCGCCGCCUAGAGCUUCGACACCAUCUUCCACUUCGUCACCGGCUAUUUUACCUCCCCCUAGCCGUUCAAAUUCUACGGGGGAUAACUCGUCCGUUAGUAACUUGAAUGCUUCUUCGAAUACGCAGCAAGGAAUGCCCAGCUAUAUAUCUGCACAAGGAACAACUCCUUCAGCAGCCAUGGCUCGCUUGCGUCAGCCGGUUACGCCGACGGUGGCGCCUAAAGACACAAUCCCUCCAGCACGGACCGCACCGCGGAAACAGCGCAGCAGCCGCAUUCAGCCAACAGAGACACGACAGCUGGAGCCUUUGCCCGCUUUCGCAGAAGUAAUGCCUUCUGAGAAAUCCCAGCUAUUUGUGAAAAAAUUAAGACAGGCCAGUAUUGUGUUUGAUUUUACGGAUGCAAGCACCGAGCUUGCUGGUAAACAGAUCAAAGCUCACGCACUGCAAGAAAUGCUGGAGUAUAUCACAACACAGCGAGGCGCUAUCACGGAGCCCAUUUAUCCUGAAAUGGUGAAUAUGUUUGCGGCGAACCUGUUCCGAACCAUACCACCGCCUUCCAGUGCCCUUGGAGACAUGUUCGAUCCUGAAGAAGAUGAGCCCGUCCUUGAGCUUGCCUGGCCUCAUCUACAGCUUGUUUAUGAACUAUUUUUACGUUUCAUUGAGAGCACCGAACUAAACACGAGCGUUGCAAAGAAAUAUAUCGACCAUGGCUUUGUGUUGCAAUUGCUUGACCUGUUCGACAGUGAAGAUCCGCGGGAACGUGACUUCCUUAAAACGACGCUGCAUCGGAUCUAUGGCAAGUUCCUCAAUCUUCGUGCCUUUAUUCGUCGCUCCAUUAAUAAUGUGUUCUUUCAGUUUAUCUACGAGACUGAGCGACACAAUGGCAUCGCGGAACUCUUGGAAAUUCUUGGAUCUAUUAUUAACGGCUUCGCAUUGCCUCUUAAGGAAGAGCACAAAGUGUUUUUGUCACGGGUAUUACUUCCUCUGCAUAAAGUUCGGAGCCUUGCCAUGUACCAUCCACAACUCGCCUAUUGCGUGGUCCAGUUCAUUGAAAAGGAUAGCCGGCUCACUGAGGAGGUUAUGCUGGGAUUGCUGCGAUUCUGGCCUAAGACAAAUUCACAAAAAGAAGUUAUGUUCUUAAACGAAGUGGAAGAGGUGUUGGAUGUGAUCGACCCUACAGAUUUUGCGAAAAUUCAAGUACCUCUGUUUCAACAGGUGGCACGGUGUAUUGAAAGUCAACAUUUUCAAGUGGCGGAACGUGCUCUGUAUUUCUGGAACAAUGAGUACAUUGUCAACUUGAUGGGGGAUAACAUUCAGGUGAUUUUGCCCAUUGUGUUUAGCAGCUUGUAUGAGAAUUCGAAAGCGCACUGGAAUCCGUAUGUUUGUUCUACUAACCUCUUCAGUACUAUCCACACGCUUGUCUACAAUGCACUGAAACUGUUUAUGGAGAUCAACCCAGCGUUCUUUGACCUUGUCUCCAGUGAGCAUCAGUAUCAAUUGUCUACGGCGGAGCAACGCAAGCAGGAACGGGAGCAGGCCUGGAAAAAGGUUUGUUCAGACGCUUUGCGUAAUUCUCGCCGGCAUGGGAUCCAUGCGCCUAAUAAUGUGCUUUCUUCGGGCCCCUUUUCCGACGCGGAUGCUCAGCGCAGACCGUCGCUGAUUCAAGAAAAAUGCGCGUUCAAUGAUAUGAUUCCCCUGGCCAACUCACUAUCGGGACUGGCUCCACCAGCAUUAAGCCUGGCUUCUUCGACGGGGGUUGUCCAUGGCCUGAACCCAGGCGGUGAUAUCUUAUCGAAGGAUAUGAGGUCUAGUACUCCUAGUAUGGACACGCAACCACUCGAAGAUCGGGAACUAUCUCCUAACAGUACGGCGGGCACUUCACAUACCGGUGAAUUUGAGGACGCCGAACAGAGUAUUCUGCACGAUCUUGCAGACCAUAUAGUACCUGCCUAUUUGGAAUAA